AUGGGCAGCCUCCCAAUUACGUUGCCACGGUCCGGAGAGUUCACUGCGCUUGAGAGCCUUCACCUGGAAUCGUGCUGCAUCGACCUUGGUGCCCUGCUCUCUCUCUGCCUGUGUCUGCGCAUCCUGAACAUCCUGAACAUCAAUAAUUUCAGACAUGUUAACACUAUGAUUGUUCAGUCGCCGUUGCUUGAGGAGUUGGGCUUGAAGAUAAAUAAUCAUGACAUCUACUGCAUUGGCAUUGCGGCCCCAGUGCUUAAGGAGGUGACACUGGAGGUAGAUAUUGCCAAAGGCUUCAGUUUGUCCUUCUUGGCCCCAAUGGUGAAGAAACUCAGAUGGGGUUGCUCUUAUUCGUACGUUUCUGUUGGGUUCGGCCAGAUAUGGCGCCUUCUGAGCAUAAAGGAGCGUGAGCUAGAUGAUUUCCAUGUCGUCUCGCUGAUCAUAAUGAGUUCUGCUAAUCCAAAUGGUCUUCUGGAUGCAGAAUGGAGCAUUACACAAGUGAUAGCUCAUCUUCCAGUGACUGCUUUUUCUGUUUUAGAGUUGGAUCUCGAAACAGAGAGGCAUACUUUUGGACCAAUGAUGUUGUGUCUGCUUCGGAUUCAACCAACUAUGCAAAAGCUUAAGGUGGUCCUAGCACGUGACAAGGUACGAGUGCCCUGCCCAGUAAACUGUCCUUGUGAACAUCCUAUCAACUGGAGAAGUGAGGAUGUCUCUUUGGCUAAUCUUGAAGUCGUUGAAAUUCAUGGCUUGCAAGGAGAAGAUGAUGAAGUUGAUUUCCUAAAAAUCAUACUCCAAUGUGCAACAGUGCUUCAGAGAUUGACAAUGACUAUUUCUGAUGACGUCUCACCAAGUAACAAUGGCUACAAGAAGAUCUGUAGCAUUAUGAAGGAGCAUCCUGAUGUGGAAUGCCAUAUUAUGGCAUCCAGUUCUGAGGGGGUUCUUUAUCCAUGA